AUGUCAUCUUCACUUGAUGGUAAAGUAGCUAUUGUUACAGGAUCAGCUGGUGGCCUUGGAAAAGUGAUAGCUAAACAUCUACUUGCCGCUGGUGCCCAAGUUGUUUUAUGUGAUAUAAAUGAGACAGCUCUCGAAGCAACAUACAAUGAAUUGAAAACUCAUGGAAAAUGCAUAGUUAUCAAAACAGAUAUCUCUUCAUCUUCCUCAAUCCAAGAAUUAUUUGAGAAAACUAUCAGCCAAUUGGAAAAAGUAGACAUUCUUGUUAACAAUGCAGGUAUCAUGGACAAAUUUGAUGGUGCAGCGGACUGCGAAGAGAAUUUAUGGAAUCGGGUAUUAGCGAUUAAUCUAACUGGACCUUAUUUAACUACGAAACUGGCUGUCAAACAUUUCCUGACACGUGAUAGUCCAGGCACAAUUGUAAACAUUUGUUCUUUGGGAGGACUUCUAGGACAUCGAGCAGGAGCAGCAUAUACAGCAAGUAAACAUGGUUUGGUUGGAUUAACUAAAAAUACAGCAGCAGCGUAUUGUAAAAACAAAAUUCGUUGUAAUGGUAUUUGCCCUGGAGGGAUGGACACAAAAAUUACCUCGGCAAUAGCAAAUGGAUAUAAUCAGUCAGGUUUGGAAAUUGUUCAAAAGACCAUGGCUACUAAUCCAGGUUUAUGUGACAUUGAUCAAAUGGCAAACUUGGUGGUGUUUCUUUGUGGGCAAGAUUCUAACAUAAUAAAUGGUGCUAUUAUCAACGCCGAUAUGGGAUGGAGUGCCUAUUAA